ACAUGUAUGUUCGACAGUUUAUAAAGUCAAAUUGUUGAAGAUGAAUCUGACACAGGACUCUGACACCUAUGAGAUGAAAGUGGAGCAGGUGCUGAAAGAAGGCACUGAUAAUAGUGUUGAAGGGAAAGUGAGACAAUUUUGGGCUCGUCCCAGUUGCAGAGAAUAUUUAGCAUUGGUAGAAGGCAAGUCAUACCUCAUCAUGGGCAAAUCUGUUGACCUGCCAAAUAUAGGCAGAAGUCUGCAGUAUGUUUUUGGAGAGCAGACCUGGGUUGAAUACUGGCCUACAAGAGAGGAAAAACCAAUCACAAAAAGAACACAGGGAUCGAUACGUCGGCAUCUCUGA